GAGAGAAUCUGACUAAAAGUGAAGUUGGAUCACAUGGAAAGGGACACGGAGGUGAAGUCUCCGCUACUGGCGGUUGGAGAAGAUAUUAUCAGCAGGCCGAAACCCAACGCUGGAAGCGGCGGCAGUAGGCAUCACCACCGAUUGAGUCGCCGGAAUUCUGUAGCCUCGUUAAGAGGAGAUUUUCUCACCAAGUUACCAGAUAAGAUCCGCAAGGGCUUAGAUCUUGAAUCCGCUUCUCUUAUCGAUUUCUCCAAAAUCAAUGGCCUAUCUACAGGAGAAAAAGAAUAUUAUGAGAAACAAAUUGCGGCUUUAAAAUCAUUCGAAGAAGUCGAUUCUAUAGUUGAAUCCGAUAGCGUAGACGAUGGAGAAGAUUUCGAAGAAGAAGAAGCUCAACAAGAAAAAGCAAUGAAGAUAUCCAAUUAUGCCAAUGUUAUACUACUCAUUGUUAAAAUAUAUGCUACAGUAAUGAGUGGAUCUUUAGCCAUUGCUGCAUCUACUCUUGAUUCCUUGCUGGAUCUCUUGGCUGGUGGCAUUCUUUGGUUAACGCAUCUUUCAAUGAAGAAUGUCAAUAUUUAUAAGUACCCUAUUGGUAAAUUAAGAGUUCAGCCUGUAGGAAUUAUCAUAUUUGCUGCUAUUAUGGCCACACUUGGAUUUCAGGUUUUAAUCCAGGCUGUAGAACAGUUAAUUAAAGACGACCCUUCAGAAAAGAUGAAUUCCACGCAGCUUGCAUGGAUGUACACGAUCAUGUUAUCUGCGAGUGCUGUAAAACUCGCCUUAUGGUUGUAUUGUCGUAGCUCGGGCGACAACAUUGUCCGUGCCUAUGCUAAGGAUCAUUAUUUUGAUGUUGUGACGAAUGUGAUUGGGUUGGUGGCGGCUGUUCUUGGCGAUAUGUUUUAUUGGUGGAUAGAUCCAAUGGGAGCCAUUGUUCUUGCGAUAUACACUAUUACGAAUUGGUCAGGAACUGUUCUUGAGAAUGCCGUAUCGCUCGUGGGACAAUCUGCGCCUUUAGAAGUCCUUCAAAAGUUGACUUAUCUUGUAAUAAGGGAUCCUAAGGUUAAACGCGUCGACACAAUCCGUGCAUACACUUUUGGUGUUCUCUAUUUUGUAGAGGUUGACAUUGAACUUCCUGAAGAUCUGCCUUUAAAAGAAGCUCAUAUUAUUGGAGAGAAUUUGCAGAACAAGAUUGAGAAACUGCCCGAAGUCGAGAGAGCUUUUGUCCAUCUUGACUUCGAGUGUGAACAUAAACCGGAGCACAAGGUCCGUGUUCGGCUCCCCAACACCCAGGAUUGACUGUCCGGUCUCCAUUCAGGAAUUAGGGUUAGUAGUGAGAAACAAAGAGAGAAAUAGAUUUCCUUUUUUUCUGUUCAUUUCAAUUCUCAACUGCUUUGAUACAGUUCCAUAACCAUUUGAAGCUAUUCAUAAAUGCUCAAUUGUCUUCAUUUGGAAACUCAUUUUCUCUUAGAUUUCACGUCCCAAUAGAAAAUACAUAUACACCCGAA